CAGUCGCCAAAGAGGGUAAGUUGAAUUUUCUAUUAGUAGAAAAAACAAAUGAAUAAGUCCAAUUUUAAAAGGUUUCAAACAGUAGCCAUCAGAUUGCAUUUACAAUUACAAUCGCCAUCAUAAUCAUAAUCAUAAUCAUAAUUACAAUUACAAUUAUAACAGUUUUCAUAAUCAAACACUAAAUUUCUACAAUGUCAGAUCAACAGACUAUAGCUGUCAAAACAUUAGCUGAAUCAUUGGUUGAUUCAAUGGAUAAAAGGCCAUUAGUAUCAGAUUUAUCAAAUGAAAGCAGUUUAAUAAAUUUCAAAUCCAGUUUAUUUAGUUGUAUUAACAAUAAUUGUAAAAUUAUUAUAAAUUCCAAUCCUCUUGCGGCUAAAACCUUUUUAACUGAUUUUUUUCUUAAAUUACCACUAACUGAACAUACGUAUCAGUCAUAUGAUUACCAUUUCAUUCCUUCGUUAAAUUUGAUUAGUUGUAUAAUUGUUGGAAAAGUCAAAAUUGAUGAAUAUCCAAGAAACAAAUUGGGUGAAACUGCUGAUUUGUUGCCUCCAAAUAACAAUUAUAAUGGCGUUAUAAAAGAAAGACCAUUUUGGAGUCUUCCCUUUGGUUUUACGUUGAAUUUUGUGAUUCAAACUGAUACUCAAGAUAUUUACAAGGAAUCAAUUAUUUCAUUUAAUUAUAAAGUCAAUUAUAUUCCUGAAGAAACUCAGAUUAAAGUGUAAUUGUUUGAUUUAUAUAAAAGCAAAAAAACAAUUAAUUGAAAUAAAUAGUUUUGUAACUAUAAUAAAUAACUGUCAUUUGUUGUUGAG